UACCUAGUUCUAGACUUGGUGUAUUUUGACAGGCAGUCUUGUUCUUUUGAUUUUUUGCUCUUUUGUAUUUGCUAUGUCGGGACGUGGCAAGCAAGGAGGUAAGGCGCGGGCAAAGGCCAAGUCUCGUUCUUCGCGGGCGGGGCUCCAGUUUCCCGUGGGGCGAGUCCAUCGUCUACUACGCAAAGGCAAUUACGCCGAGCGGGUAGGCGCUGGGGCCCCGGUGUAUCUGGCGGCGGUGCUGGAGUACCUGACGGCCGAGAUCCUGGAGCUGGCGGGCAAUGCGGCGCGCGACAACAAGAAGACCCGUAUCAUCCCGCGCCACUUGCAGCUGGCCAUCCGCAACGACGAGGAGCUCAACAAGCUGCUGGGUCGUGUGACCAUCGCUCAGGGUGGUGUCCUGCCCAACAUCCAGGCGGUGCUGCUGCCAAAGAAAACCGAGAGCCACCACAAAGCCAAGGGCAAGUAACUGGACUGAGACCUGCGUUUCCGGAAGUGCUUUCAAACCCAAAGGCUCUUUUCAGAGCCCCCA